UAUCUUUCUCUUGGCAGUGCCGACAAAAUCAGAAUGAAUGGCGUAGGCGGAGGAAUCCGACCAAGGUGGAAGACCACCAAACCUUCAAAACCAUCUCUCUUCUGUUUCUCUCUCCUCCUUCUCUUCUUCUUCUUCUUCUUCUUCUUCUUCUACAUUCAAAACAUUCUUCCUCAGUCCGCCAUUUUUACCUCCUCCAAACUACCACAAACACAAUGCAGCGCUGCAUUUGGAAGCGUCCAAAAGUUCUUGUGGUAUGCUCCUCAUAGUGGGUUUAGCAAUCAGCUUUCAGAGUUUAAACAUGCGAUUGUAAUGGCCGCCAUUCUUAAUCGGACUUUAAUUGUUCCUCCUGUUUUGGAUCACCAUGCUGUUGUUCUUGGUAGUUGCCCUAAGUUUAGGGUUUUGCCUCCUAAUCAACUUAGACUUGAUGUUUGGAAUCAUGCUAUUGAUUUAUAUAGUCAAGGAAGGUAUGUCUCCAUGGCAGAGAUUAUCGAUCUAUCUUCAGUUUCUAGUAUGGUUGACGUUAUAGAUUUCCGAAAAUUUGUGUCAUUGUGGUGUGGUGUGGACUUAAAUUCUCUUUGCUCAGAUGAUCCAAAUAUACAAACGUCUUCAUUGAAUGACGUGCGGAAAUGUGGAUCCUUUGUGUCUGGAUUUCAGGGUAGUGUAGACAAGUGUUUGUACACAGUUGAUUUAGAUUGCAGAACUACUGUGUGGAUCUAUCAAAAUAACACUUCAGAUGGGGUUUUGGAUUCCUUUCAGCCUGACGAACAACUCAAAAUGAAAAAGAAGAUUUCAUAUGUUAGGCAUCGACGAGAUGUGUAUAAUUAUCUCGGACCUGGUACGCAACCUCAUUCGUCUAUACUUUUGGCAUUUGGAAGCUUAUUCUCUUCCUUUUAUAAAAAUUCACAGCUUUACAUUGACAUCAAAGACUCUCCAAGGGAUCAUCGAAUUCAAUCCUUGCUUCAUAAGUUAGAAGUUAUGCCAUUUGUUGCCGACAUCAUAAAUGCAGGAAAGGAAUUUGUCCAAAAGAACAUCGGAGCACCAUUUCUUUGUGCACAACUAAGGUUGUUAGAUGGUCAAUUCAAAAAUCAUUGGAAAACUACCUUUUCAUCGCUUAACCAUAAAAUUGAUGAUUUAAAACACCAGGGCUCCCUCCCUCUUCAUAUUUUUGUGAUGACUGAUCUUCCCAGGACCAAUUGGACUGGCAGCUAUCUGGGAGACUUGUCUCGCAAUUCAUACUCAUUCAAACUUCAUGUCUUGAGUGAUAGAAAGGAACUUGUGGAAAGAACUGCAGCUAAGGUUGGAGCUUCUUAUGAUGGUAUCGAGAAAAUCCAAUGUUCUCGUCAGUUGCCUGAUAUUCUUCUUUAUAUUGAAGAAACCAUAUGUAGCUGUGCUUCUCUGGGAUUUGUUGGGACAGCUGGGUCUACAAUUGCAGAAAACAUAGAGCUGUUGAGGAAGAACAGUAUCUGUUGAAAACUGAUGAGAUUGCAGUGUGACACAACCUAUUGAACUGAUUUCUUCUCUCAUGGAACUGCAGUUUUGGUUUCGCGUGGAAUGCUGAGAAAUUCAACGCGGCGAACUGCCGAUAAAGUCAUGCGACCUGACUAUUGUUGCAAGGGUCUUGCUUCAACUCCAAAAUACUUUUGGUAGUGUUGAUGUGUUUUGCCUGCAGCAAGCAUUUUGUGCAACAAUCGGAUUCAUUCAUACAUACGCACACAGGACGCGUGACGGAAGAGUUUCUGGGUGCAUGUACACUCUUUCAGUGCUGAAAGGAAUAUGAAUAUUAAAGAUAAGAGUUCUGGUUUGAUUCUGAAUUUCUGUUUUCUUUUCAUUGCUUUUAGUUUUUUUUACUUCAAAUUUAGUUAAAUUACUUGUAUUGUAAUAUAAUUUAUAGCUGCAAGCCUGGAAACAUGGAAACUAUGGCCUACCCUGUUGUGUUUCAUUGGUCAUAUACCAUUUAAUAGGAAAAUUAUUUUGGGAGUUAUCCUUACUUCACAUUUGUCCCCUUUUUUUUGGGAAAUAAAGAUUUUUCCUUUCUUUCUUUAUUAUUCCCUGUUAGGAGUGAUCCUUAUGAUCAAGGGACGAACAGAAAACUAUGAAUAAAUUUCAUAAGUAUAUAUUCUCUCUGUUUUCUAA